GGAUAUGAGCGUGAUGUUAUCGCUCCAAACAGAGGGGAGGCUGGCGAGAGCCACGCGGACGUGACGUCACUGAUAAGCACCCCUGUAACCGUCUAUCUUCCGCCCAGCAGCCCAGCAAAGGACUGGAAAUCGCUCCUUGGGUUCCCCAGCACAAUUACCGUUUGUGGUCGUCCCGUCUGACCGAGUCAAGUCCGCCCUGAGAGCCUCCUGUCCUCCUUUCUCCUCAGAUAGUGCCGUAUCCCUGUUUCCAAAUGAGCGACGGAGAGUGUGACUUCUUCUGCUUCUUCCGCUGCUGCUGAGCGCGCUGCUAACGCGCCUCAGGCAGACGGGGGGGCAGGGUGUCUCCUAAAGGUGACACCAGGUCUGAAAGAGGGCGGGGCCCAAAGGGAAGAGGUGGAGCAUCAGUCGAGCCAUUUCUGCUCUAACCGGACCACUUGGAUCCGACGGGUAGGCGGGUCGUCUACCUGUCCGGGUGAUUUGAGCCAGUCGACUUGAUGUCUGUGGACAUGAACAGCCAGGCGUCAGACAGCAACGAGGAAGACUUCGGGGGGAUCUCCGAAGAGGAGGAUGAAGAUGAUGGGGGAGAAGAGGAUGAUCAGGGUGACAUGGCACGCUACUAUGAAGGGGUGGCCAGCGACGUGGAGCAACAGGGCGCAGAUUCCUUCGACCCCGAGGAAUACCAGUUCACCUGUCUGACUUACAAAGAGAGCCAGCGGGUGCUGACGGAGGAAGUAAACACUGUGGCUGCUGCUCUGAAGGUUUUACCGGCAGUAGCAAAACUGAUCCUGGUGCAUUUACACUGGCAGGUUUCUCAAAUACUGGACAGAUAUAAGUCCAACUCCUCUCUGCUUUUGUCAGAUGCUCUGGUCCAGCCCAGCAGCACCUGCAGAUUAGUCACUGCCUCUCAGUCCCUCCAGUGUGGCGUGUGUCUACAGGUCGUACGGAGAGACUCCCUGCUGGCUCUGCCCUGCCAGCACUCCUUCUGCAAGGCAUGCUGGGAGCAGCACUGCACCGUACUGGUCAAAGAUGGCAUGGGAGUGGGAAUCUCCUGCAUGGCUCAGGACUGUUCCCUGCAGAUGCCAGAAGACUUUGUCCUGCCGCUGCUGCCAGGAGAGGAGCUGAAGGACAAAUACAGACGCUACCUCUUCAGAGACCAUGUCGAGAGUCACUUCCAGUUGCAGUUGUGUCCGGGUGCCGACUGUCCCAUCGUCAUCAAGGUGCAGGAGCCCCGGGCCCGCAGGGUGCAGUGUAGUCGCUGCGGUGAAGUCUUUUGUUUUAAAUGCCGGCAGAUGUAUCACGCACCCACAGACUGCGCAACCAUUCGGAAAUGGCUGACCAAAUGCGCAGACGACUCCGAAACGGCAAACUACAUCAGCGCACACACUAAAGACUGUCCCAAGUGCAAUAUCUGCAUCGAGAAGAACGGAGGGUGCAAUCACAUGCAAUGCUCCAAGUGUAAACACGACUUCUGCUGGAUGUGUCUUGGAGACUGGAAGACUCACGGGAGUGAAUACUACGAGUGCAGCCGCUACAAGGAAAACCCCGAUAUAGUCAACCAGAGCCAGCAGGCACAGGCCAGAGAGGCGCUCAAAAAAUACCUCUUCUAUUUUGAGAGGUGGGAGAAUCACAAUAAGUCCCUGCAGCUGGAGGCUCAGACAUACCAGAGGAUUCAGGAGAAGAUUCAGGAAAGAGUAAUGAACAAUUUGGGGACUUGGAUUGACUGGCAGUACCUUCACAACGCUGCAAAGCUACUGGCCAAGUGUCGUUACACGUUGCAGUAUACCUACCCUUACGCCUAUUACAUGGAAUCUGGACCCCGCAAGAAACUGUUUGAGUACCAACAGGCUCAGCUGGAAGCAGAAAUUGAAAACCUGUCGUGGAAGGUGGAACGAGCCGACACCUACGAGAGGGGAGUGGUGGGAGGCGAGGGGGAGCUCAGCGCCAGUGACAGAGGGGAUUUGGAGAAUCAGAUGCACAUUGCUGAGCAAAGGCGACGUACGCUGCUGAAGGAUUUCCACGACACCUGAGGCUCCAGUCGUACUGCAAAGCACCAGCAUCUCCCUCCCUCCUUCCUUCCUUCCUUCCUUCCUUGCCUUCUACCUUUGCAUCCCUCCAUGACCAUCCCUUGGUGCCGUCAUGCUGACCCUCCCGCUGCUCCUCUAAACUCGCUCAGUUGCUUUCUUCACUCUGACUUUCUUUCCUCUCGCUGCAGGGUUGCUUCCACCUUAUUUCAUUUUCACCUCAUUCACACUUUUAGCAUCUCGGUCACUGCACUUACACUUGUUUCAACUAUUCAGCAGACCUGAUCUAGGAGCUCCAAGUGUGAGGUCUAAUGUCUGAAAAUACAGUGAAUUCCCACUAUUUCAUUCUGACAUAAACAUACAACAGUCAAAAAGUUUAAGACUGGGAUAAUGAGUAUUUUUCAAAGUUAGUCCUGUGGUGAUGGAAAGAGAGUAAAUCUGCUCGGUAUAGAGAACCUUGUGUUAUGAAGUGGAUAAGAAAAACUUUUUUUUAUGUGGUAAAUCUGGAUUUUGUGGAUAUACACAAAUAAUGAAAACGUAAAUGAUGCUUGAACCUGUUUAACUUCUUUCAAAGUUUCAUUUCAAGAGAUAUUGCCAGAGUUGGUUGGUAUUUGUAUUUGUGAAGUUUGCUGUUGCGUCAGACUUUUCCAGCUAGUGGAGAGUGACCCUUCUUCAGUGGAUGGUCCGUGUUGCUGCCGGUGCUCCCGUUCUGACCUCCAGCUGCCAUCGGUCAGACCAGGCACUGCUCCAUGAGAUAACUUACACAUUGGUUGCAGAGUUCUCAGGCUCAGGGUUGUUUAGUUUCAUGUUUUAAAUUGUAUCCAGUCAUAGAAACGAAUCUAAUGUGACUAUGAAAAAGGUGGCCCCAAUUGUCCCAAAUACUCCUUGAGGUAUUUCAGACUGACCCAAACAAAAAGCAGUAUUUCCUGUCAUGCAUAUGGUGCAGCCCAGAGAGAAAAGAAUCAGAUUGUUUUAGAUGGCAGCUGCUUUUAAUUUUUUUGCCCUGGUGUUUCACAUUGAUUUCUUCCUUUGUUUGGUGUUGGGCUUGAUUUCAAGGUGAUCCUGAACGAUCCCCAUUUUUGUCUCCUAACGAUCUGAUUUAGCUGCUGUUGUAAGGUGUCCGUCCAGACCGCGCCCUCUGCAUAGAAAUCUAACUCUGGGACAUCCACCGAGCAGAUGACGGUUGCUUUGUUGCAGCAAGUGUAAUCUCAUUCAUUCAUGUACAUUACUGCACCUCCCAGCGAUUUUUGACACGGCAUGCUCACGCCUACACACUCACGCUAAAACACUCCACAAGAAGAAAAAAAAAACAAUCGUUGAUUUGUCCUUUGCCCAUCUCGUGCUCUUUCAUCAUUCUUUGUCACACGUUCAUUUCGAUUUCCAUUGUUUUUCUUUUCCUCCAGCUCACAUUGUUCACCUUUUCUUCUGGAAAAUGGCUGUUGAUAGAUAGAUCAUUUAAAAAAAAAAUGAAAAAAAAACAAAAAUAAAAAAAAAAUUGCUGUAAUUUUCAACGGUUGUACAUUAAUACAGAAAUAGAGUUACUGAGAGUUUUUAAAACCAAAACCUGUCUCGUGUGUGUUGAUUACCCAACUUUAAAG